AUCUCCCUCCUUCCCCCGUUUUCCCCUCCCCCAACCUUUCCUCCUCCUCCUUCCACACCAAUCCUCAACUCCACACAGUAGUUUUCAGAAACCAGCAGCAACAUGUUGUUGGGGAAGAGACCUCGCCCUCCAAUGAAGAGAACCACCAGCUUGUCGGAAAUUCCCUUCGAUCUGAACGUCGCCCCCGAUGCUCCCCCAAACGAUCCUAACCAUAACCCUAACGCCCAGCCCUCCUCUGAUGUCAUACGCAAGCAGCCUGGUGGCUCCACGCGGUUGGAUCAGAGGGCGUCGCACACAAACCAUAGAAGGCAUUCCGCCGAUUUCGUCGAGACUGCAGACUUCCUUCGUGCUUGCUUUCUCUGCAAACGUCGCUUGGUGCCCGGCCGUGACAUCUACAUGUACAGGGGUGAUAGUGCUUUCUGCAGUCUAGAAUGCCGUCAAAAACAGAUGAUUCAGGAUGAGAGGAAGGAGAAGCGUUGUGUUGUAUCCAAUAAACAAGUAGUGGCGAAGGCUUCUGAAUCUCAGGUUGCCACCAAAGGCGAAAGCGUGGCUGCCUUGUAAUAUCGCAGAUUCAUCACGGGAUACAGUCCGAAGAUGCAGCAGUUCCUAGCUGUGCGCCGCUGUUAAGAAUUUCAGUGAAAUAUGUUGAUAUGCACUCUCCCCACUCUUCCCCCGCUCUCUUUUCUCUUUUCCCUUUGUUUUGUAAAGUUUGCCCUUCUGUUUUCUUGUUUUGUUCUAUGGAGGGUGAGAAUUGGCCGCCUCACCAGCUUGUAGUGGGGCAACUGGGCAAGUAUUUUUGGACGUACUUUGCAGUUUCAUUGGGAUUUUGAUAUCUUCUCCGAUUAAUACUAUUUAGUGUUGACGUUUCCUGUCC